GGGACCAUGUUGCGUGAGUGAGGGGAGCGCGGAGAGAGGGGCAGCUGGCGGUGGCGGCAGUGCCGGCUGGCCCAGUCAGCGGGGAUGGCGCGUGGGUGCUUGUUGGUUGCUGGUACCGGAAGAUGGAUCUGCCACAGUGGACUAGUUGGAGUAAUGGCUAUGAAUGAAAUCCAUCAAGUUCCACGCUGCUUCUCGCCUUGCUUUGUAAGAGACUUCCUGUAGCCUUUGGAAGAGCUGAUUGGGAUUAGAGACUAUUUCCCACCAUGAAGUUGAAGCAACGGGUGGUGCUUCUGGCAAUCCUCCUCGUGAUCUUCAUUUUCACCAAGGUUUUCCUCAUAGACAACCUGGACACGUCGGCAGCUAACCGUGAGGACCAGCGCGCUUAUCAUCGCAUGAUGGCCAGCCUGCAGGUGGUACUGGACCCGCGACUUGACCACACGCUGCAGUCCCCCUGGGAGAUUGCAGCCCAGUGGGUGGUGCCACGUGAAGUGUAUCCAGAGGAGACGCCAGAACUUGGGGCCGUGAUGCAUGCCAUGGCUACAAAAAAGAUCAUCAAAGCAGACGUAGGCUACAAGGGCACUCAGCUGAAAGCAUUACUCAUAUUGGAAGGGGGACAGAAAGUGGUCUUCAAACCUAAGAGAUAUGCUAGAGACUAUGUGGUAGAAGGAGAGCCGUAUGCUGGAUACGACAGGCACAAUGCGGAAGUGGCAGCCUUCCAUCUGGACAGAAUCUUGGGUUUCCGGCGAGCCCCUAUUGUGGUUGGCAGGUUUGUGAAUCUCCGCACAGAAAUCAAACCUGUUGCCACGGAGCAGCUGCUCAGUACCUUCCUGGCGUUAGGGAAUAAUACUUGCUUCUAUGGGAAGUGCUACUAUUGCCGGGAAACAGAGCCCGCUUGUGCUGAUGGGGACACCAUGGAGGGAUCUGUCACGCUGUGGCUGCCAGAUGUUUGGCCUCUUCAGAAGCAUCGGCAUCCAUGGGGAAGGACCUACAGGGAGGGCAAAUUGGCCAGGUGGGAAUACGAUGAGAGCUACUGCGACGCUGUGAAGAAGACUUCACCCUAUGACGCAGGGCCGCGGCUCCUUGACAUCAUUGAUACAGCCAUCUUUGAUUAUUUGAUUGGGAAUGCUGAUCGACAUCAUUAUGAAAGCUUUCAGGAUGAUGAAGGGGCCAGCAUGCUUAUUCUCCUUGACAAUGCCAAAAGUUUUGGGAACCCUUCCCUGGAUGAGAGAAGCAUUCUUGCGCCUCUCUAUCAAUGCUGCAUCAUCCGUGUCUCCACUUGGAACAGGCUAAACUACCUAAAGAAUGGGGUACUGAAGUCUGCCUUAAAAACUGCUAUGUCCCAUGACCCCAUCUCACCAGUCUUGUCCACGCCUCACAUGGACGCCUUGGACCAACGGCUCCUGAACAUCAUGGCUACGAUAAAACAAUGUACAGACCAGUUUGGCUCAGAUAUUGUGCUGGUGGAAGAUAGGAUGACACUUUCCCAUUUAUAGCUUUCAACGGAGGAGAGCUGGGAUCCUUUCUUAAAAAACAAACAAUAGAAAAAACAGCACAACAGGUUCUGCGUGGCCGUGAGCAGGAUGAACUGGAAACGAAAUGCCUAGUUUUCCUGCACCGGAGAAGGAAACAGUGGCUUGAAGGUUCUGCUGAAGAUACGGGACUUGCUCUUGGGCAGCCCUCUGUAACUCUUUGGGAGGUCCAUUGCUGGCAGUGGAUGUUGCACUGAGAGCUUCCCUGGUGUGUGUGGAGAAAAGACCGGAACUGGGCUAUUAAGACAGACUGGUUCUACAGAAGAGCCAUAGUCUCCCCUCACUUACUCAAGGUAUAAUUUUUAAAUAGUUUAGUUCAGUUCAGGGUUGUGAAGGAUUGGCUGGUGUGGAAUCCAUGAUGGCUCCCUUUUUAAAUGAGCAGCAGCAAGACAAGUACACCUGUGGAAGAGAUUUCAUGGCAUCUUGCCUGGAAUGUGCACACAGCUCCUCCACCCAGAUGUCAUUUGGAUUUUUUUGUGAGCCCUAUCAAAAGGCGUGUGACUAUACCUGUGGUAUUCAACUCACUCCUUCAAUUCCAGGAUGCUGAGGAGAGAAACUCCUUUAUGUUGUCCCUGUGACCUGUGCCCCAUCCGCAAGCUGAAUAGAGUCUGGAUUCUGCGGUAAUAGCAAAGACCCAACCAGUCCUAAAGAUGACUAAUAAAUUCUUCAUAGAGAUUAAUAGGCAAGCCAUUACUGUGUUCCCAUAGACAAGGGAUCUUGCUCUCUUUAAGUAAAUAAUAAUUCCUUUGAUAGCUGCUAAUGCUUUAAAAAAUCAGAUGCAGGUUCAGUUGAACUAAAUCCUCUUUCCAAAUAAGGGAAGAAAGAUUGAGCCUCUUAUGAGAAUAUAGAUAGCCCUUCAUGAGACACAUAGUUUGGGCACCCCAAACUUGGAAGGAAGAUUUUCUGUCAAAGCUAUCACGUCUCCUGUGACAUAGUCAUAGAUGCAGUGCUAUAGGAUUAUGUCUUUGAUAUUGUGUCAUUUGUCAUACCUGAACCUUCAACUGACUAAGGUCUUUAGAAUGCCUUUUUCAGCUGGUACACAGCCCAAGCUGUGAUCUGCUGGCCUUGUGAUUACUAGCCUGAAAUUGAGGCUGGCAUUGAGGCUCAGAAAGCUUUAAGCAUCCCUGUUUUGAAUAAACCUGUUAGUUUUGGAAAGAACCUCCUUCCAGAAUGCUAGGGAGAAAUACGUAGAAAAUUAUUCUGUGUCUUAAUUCUGACUAUUGUGCACCAGUGCAUAUUCAGUCAGAUUUCAUCAGUGGCAUCAACCGGUCUUCAUUGAUUGAUAUGAAAAUUGAUGCUUGGGAUUCCUGUUAAGGACUUAAAAGUAGGACCCAAAUAUUUGCCAUUCACCACUCUAAUAGAUUUUUAUAUCAGCUGAGCAAUAUCUUGGCCAACACAAGCGGAAUAAAAGUUCUUGCUUAUGUUUCAGUAACUUUCCCUGCCAUGGAGCAUUUUGAGACUUGUGCUCAUGCCAGUGACUCUUAAAGUUGCAAGCAGGCCUAAUGAAACACUAAUGUAAUUGCCAAACCCUGUCUAUAGCAAGCUAUGUGUUUGAACAAAAAGAACAUUCAUAAUUGAGUCAGUUUUUCCAAAGGGGGUUCACCUGAGUACUAGAGGUGGUGUUACAACAGGAAUGAUUAGGUAAUGGUGGCUACCAUGAGGGUUACUGGUUAGAAACAUCUUCUGGAAACAUAAAAUGAAAAUUUGAGUGAAUCAGAUAUUGAGUUGAAAUUUGUACCAUCUAAAGCCUUCUAUUUUGGCUAGUCCUGCACCCAAAACUGACACAGGCACUGCUAGUGAUGGAAAUGUCAUGCAGAUUUGGCUGAGGUUCUCAGGAUGUUCCCUUCUUAUUGUUCAUACACAACGUGUUAGCUGCAAACCAGUAUAAACAACGUGAACAACGGGUGUUUGAAUGACGGCCGUUUCUUUGUUGCCCAGUGAUGGACAUCAGAGUAGCUUCAAAGCACCAAAACUGAGUAUAAAAGAGCCCUCUGUAUUUUUGUCUCUGUUGGCAAGCAGGCCAGAAGAAAUCAUAGCCUUCUACGCUGGGUUCUGAUGAACUGGAAAUGUUCUGCAGUUUUAAAAAGACACUAAUUUAUUAAGAAAGUAACUUAUUUAUGUGGCAGCUGAAGCGGAAUGCUUUAGACUCGCGUCUCUUCCUGGAGCUGCCAGAGGGUCACCCUCGGCGGCGGCCACAAAAUGGCACCUGUCACAGCGGGAGAGAACACAGUGUAAUCUGGAACGUGUUAAUGUGUUUUCCCCAGAGUCACGCUCCACAUAAACAUUAUGUGAAUAAAAAUUUUAAUAA